AUGGCCGCCCUCCCUUCGCACAUCAACUUCUGGAUCGACCUGAUCCAAACCCUAAAUGAAAAUGGCCAUGACAUCGCUGUCUUUUUCUUACGCUACACACUGACCCCCUAUGGCACAUAUCCAACUCAGCUUCGCCAAGCAGUCGGCGCUCUCCGCUACAUUCUUGAGGAUACUAACCGAUCCCCCGCAGACGUAGUCAUGGGCGGCGACUCCGCAGGCGGGAACCUAGCCAUGGCUACCCUGCUGCACAUCUCGCACCCGCACCCGGAAAUCGAGCCCCUCAAGCUAUCGACUCCUUUGGCGGGUGUCUUCGGCUUUGCGCCUUGGGUGAGUUUCAGUGCGGACUGGCCUUCCAUGACUGAGAACGCUUAUAAAGAUAUUGUUACCGUUUCCGCACUGGACAAAUGGUCGGAUAUGUACUUGGCUGGGAAGAAGGGGGAGAGUGAUAAUUGGAGCGAGCCUAGCAAGGCACCCGUGGAGUGGUGGGCUGAUGCCAUGACGGAGAGAAUCUUGAUUCUGGCCGGUAGCGAUGAGGUCUUGCUUUCGCCUAUUGAGGCUUUUGUGAAGAACGUGAAGUCUGUCUUCCCCAAUACUACCUUUAUUGUUGGUGAAGACGAGUCUCAUGAUGCGCAUCUUUAUGUUGAUGCUGGUGUCAAAGAGGGGACACAGACGGGCAAUGAGCUGCGGCGAUGGGUUGCGGCUCGUCUUUGA